AUGGGUUCAAUUGUAGAAGUUUUCAAUGUUGAAUUUACUUCGCGGUGUCCUCCGGAAAAUGCCUCGUAUCCAAGUUUUUUAGGCGUAGAUUUAGCCCUACCUGAAAUAGAAGCCAUAAUAACUUUAAUUUUGCUGGUCGCGUUAACUAUAUUUAUGAUAUUAGGAAACAUUUUUGUGAUAUUAAGCGUUCUUUUAUAUCAACCUCUUCGGACCGUACAAAAUUUUUUUAUUAUAUCAUUAGCCAUGUCGGAUUUGAUGGUCGCCAUAUUGGUACUUCCGAUAAACUUAGUUUAUUUCUUACUCGGUAAAUGGUUGUUCGGUAUUGUUAUAUGUAAAAUGUGGUUAACUAUGGACGUUCUUCUUUGCACGGCGAGCAUAUUAAAUCUUUGCGCUAUAGCUCUAGAUAGAUAUUGGGCAAUAACAGAUCCAAUUAAUUACGCAUUGAAAAGAACAAUGCGUAGAGUUUUGUUUAUGAUAUCCGGGGUUUGGUUGAUAUCCGCCCUUAUAAGUUCACCUCCGUUACUAGGAUGGAACGAUUGGCCGGAUAAUUUUCACGAUAAAACACCGUGCCAACUCACGGAAAAACACGGUUACGUUAUUUACAGUUCACUCGGUUCUUUUUACGUACCAUUAUUUAUAAUGGGUUCAGUUUACAUUGAAAUAUUCAUAGCAACGAGAAAAAGAAUAAGAGGAAGAUAUCAGCGAACCACAAAUUUAAUGAAAUUGACUCAGGAACCAAGUCAUUUAAACACGAAUCAAACACCGAGUGAUGUAAAAUUGAAUCAGAACACAUCGAUUGAUGAGAAAAGUAAUGUAUCAGUUUUACCCGAUGACUCAAAAAAGUCAUUUGAUGCGCAAGAAGGUUCAUCGGAAACACACAAAAAUAUGGUUAAUAGUACAGAAUUACACAAUGAAGAUAAUAAAAUAAAAAAAACCGUUAAAAUUCAUUUCCAUAUGGAUCAUUUCAUUGAAGAAAAACAAAGGAUUUCAAUUUCAAAAGAAAAAAAAGCUGCUAGAACUUUGGGCAUUGUUAUGGGUGUUUUCGUCAUUUGUUGGCUACCUUUUUUCAUUAUGUACAUGAUUUUAGCUUUUUGCGAAGUCUGUUGUGUCUCAUUUAGAUUUAGAUCAUUCAUUACGUGGCUCGGUUACGUUAAUUCAGCAGUUAAUCCAAUUAUAUACACUAUAUUUAAUAGGGAUUUUAGAAAAGCAUUUAAAAAAUUAUUGGGAAUGAAACAUUAUUAA